AUGGUCCAGAAAAUACCUUUUAUUUCCCCUCCCCUGCAGAGGCGAGUCAAGCUACUCCCUCCUCCCGGAAACACGGUGCCCUCUAUUCCCAGGGCACGUCCAGCUCCUGUUUUCCACCCUCCUCUCCGGCCGCUCCCGCUCCAUCUUCUCGGUCCUUUCCGCCUCCGCCUGCUAACCCUCCGCCGUGGAGAAGCCCGCGGCGCGCCACUGCACUGGGUGAGGGGCAGCGAGGACGGCCCGCGCACAGGCAGUCCCUUCCCGGGAGCAGGAGCCGCGGACGAGACGGCGGCCGGCACGGCGCCACGCGCGACCGAGGGGACGACGGUCGUCCCGGACCCGCUCCUUCAGCACCGCCCCAGGCAGUGGGCAUCGUGUGCGCCGCCCCCUCCCGGCCCCGCGGAGGACGUCCCCGCGAGCGGACCGGCCUGGACAGACACAGCGCCGCAGCGGCGGCAGCGGCGCGGACAGCGUGAGAAAGAGGGACACUCACCCGCCUCAGCCCCGAGCCCUCACAGCACCGGAAGUAGUCACCCGCCCGUUGCCAGGGUGAGGAAGCGGGGGCUGACGUCAAGCUUUCCCAUUGGGCGUGCGCGUAGCCACGUGGCCGGAAGCAUACGCCCACGAGGGGCUCUGACUCCGCCCGCUGCUUGCGAGCGUUUCACCUGCCGGCAGAAGUUACGCGAGGACUUCACCUGGAGGCGCCCCCCUGAGCUGCGCAGGCGCCGUUGCCAGUCGCCGCUCGCCCAGGCUCUUAGUGAUCCGGUCUCCGGGGACUCCGCGGAUCCCAGUGAUCCCAGCUAUCAUGUUCUGGGGAAGAUCAAGCAGCCACAUGGGAAAACCAUGUAUGGAUGUUGUGACCAACAACUCCAGAUAAGGUCCCAGCUGCAGCCAGCACCAACUGCCAGAUGUGUAAUUGAAUGGGCCUUCAGAAGAUUCCAGUCCUCAGCCAUGGAUUAGCUUCCAGCCUUUGAGUCUUCCCAGCAUAGGCAUCCUGAGCAGAAACAGGCCAUCUCCACUUGCCCUUUCUAAAUCUUAUCAUAAUAAUACAAUAA